UGCCCAACAGAGCUGUCCAUUAGGAUUCCUCUUUCCAAAUCUAGAAAUUAUGAUACUUGAUGUAAUGUGUACUUAGAUAAUUAAUUGGACUCUUGGAAUGUAAUUCCAGGCUUGGCAGGACUUGCAGCUACUUAUGGUUUGAACCUAAAUGUCAUACAAGCUUGGGUGAUAUGGAAUCUGUGUAAUGUUGAGAACAAGAUGAUCUCAGUCGAGAGAAUUCUUCAAUUCGCUAACAUACCAAGUGAAGCUCCACUUAUAAUUGAAGAAUGUAGACCAGGACCUGAAUGGCCAAUCAUUGGCACUAUCAAGCUAGAAAACCUCAAUGUCCGAUACAACCCCAUGCACCCCAUGGUUCUCAAAGGAGUUAAUUGCAUUUUCCCUGGUCAGGCAAAGAUUGGAGUGGUGGGCAGAACAGGCAGCGGCAAGUCUACUCUCAUUCAAGCUCUUUUCAGGAUGGUGGAGCCCUCAAAAGGGAGAAUUCUGAUUGAUGAAGUAAAUAUCUGUGAGAUAGGUUUGCAGGAUUUGAGAUCUAGAUUAAGUAUAAUUCCACAAGACCCAAUACUUUUUCAAGGAACUAUUAGAGCAAAUCUUGAUCCCCUAGAAGAGCAUUCGGAAUCAGAAAUAUGGGAGGCUCUGCGUAGGUGUCACCUUACUGAGACAGUGGGGCAAGACCAAAGGCUUCUUGAUGCAAAAGUUGAAGAAGAUGGAGGAAACUGGAGUCUAGGACAGAGGCAGCUGUUUUGCCUGGCAAGGGUUUUGUUGAAGAAAAGAAGGAUUCUGGUGCUGGAUGAGGCUACAGCAUCAGUGGACACUGCCACAGAUAAUGUGAUUCAGAAGACAAUAAGAGAAGAAACAAGCAAUUGCACUGUCAUCACUGUGGCCCAUCGAAUUCCAACUGUGGUUGACAAUGACCUUGUUCUUGUGCUUGAUGAUGGCAAAGUUGUAGAAUAUGACUCCCCAGCUCAGUUGCUUAGAGAUAACACUUCAGCAUUUUCAAAGUUGGUGACACAUUUAAAGAGAUCGUCGAAAAGUGAUCACUAGAGAUCACGCAUGACGCUCAUUCAUGUUGACUCCACAU